AAAGAGACACAGAUCUCAGGUGCAUGUCACCUCCUCCACUUGAGUGACAAGGCUGUACCUACCCACCAAGCCAGCAUCUAGAGGGGAAGCUGAUGCAUGGGUGCAGCCACUGGAACUCAAGAUGGAUAGAGGGGGAAUUUCCACUCCCGGACAUCUGCCAUGUGGGAGAUAGAGGUCUGGACUUCGCCUAAAGAUAAAUGAGAUGUGCGAGGAGAACCCAGUGCCUGUGCAAGACUGAGAAAGUGCAAGCCAGAAGAUAAAGGACAUUUAUCUUUUUACGUAUAUGUGGGCAACAGAGCUGGAGAGUGACAAUAACUUGCUCCAAGUCACACGGCCGCGUAGGGGCAGUGAUGGAUAAGUCCUUCGACAACGUGACCUAAUCAAGGAAGCCUCUGAUAACGGCGGCUGGAUGCACAUCGAGUGCAUCGACGUUCUACUUCUCAGGCCUGGGGAAACGAGCAGGAUCAAUCCAUUGCUUUGGCCUGCCAGUAAGUGCUGCGCGCUGAUUGGUCCUGGUUAAGGAAACGGAGGAAUAAGCGUGCAGGUGGGCCCCGCGGCGAGAGGCCGGCGCACCGGGCAGGGGAAAGACCAUGGCGUCGCUUAGUUGCAGCACCGUCGUCUGCGUGAUCUGCUUGGAGAAGCCGAAGUACCGCUGCCCCGCUUGCCACGUGCCCUACUGCUCCGUGGCCUGCUUCCGGAAGCACAAAGAGCAGUGCAACCCUGAAACACAUCCUGUUCAGAAAAAAAUACCAGCUCUUACUGCAAAAACUAAAAAGCCCGUGGAAGACAAAGAUGAUGAUGACGACUCUGUAGCUGACUUUCUCGAUAGUGAUGAGGAAGAAGACAGAGUUUCUUUGCAGAAUUUAAAGAAUUUAGGUAAGUCUAUGCUGUGCUUGUUUAGAGCUAUUAAAUAUUUCAGUGCGGAGCCCUUCCAGCCACAUGAUUCUGCAAACACACAGGGCUUCCACAGCUCCCAGCCUUGGCCUGGAAUCCUACUGGUUUUGUGAGCUGGCAAAAUUCUUCUCGUUUGGGGCUUAGUUCAAGUUUCCUUUUCUCAGCUAAACUUCUCUUGACCUUUUAUCUCGCUUUCAGAAUUAGGCACUUUUUCGGCUUCCUGUGGUGCCCUGUAAUUCACCACUCACAGCACUUUGUAGCAGUCUCUCUCUCACACUAGUCAGGGGGUGCAUUUAUUCCCACGUUCCCAGUGCUCACGUUACACCCAGCCAUUCAUGCAGACUGGGUCAUCCCAGGAUUUGAUUUUUCAGAGGGACACAGUAUUAAUACUGCCCAGCAUUUUUGUAGGAUUGCACUUCUGUUACGUGUAUAAUUAACGGGCCAGUGCACUUCCUACAGGUGGCACUGUUUUCAUUCUUCCCAUCUCCCAGAGGUGGUGCUUUGCACCCAGUCCUGUGGGAGUGAUUAGUUAGUCAGAGGUAGGAGCUGAGCUGGGGAUAGGUUUGAACAAUUUUGUAACCUGUAAAGCACCAUACAGACGUUAGUGUCAGUCCCCUGCUACUGAGCCUGCUUCAUGCUGGAACAUUUGCUGAAACACCAUUCGGAGUGUUUGGUGUAACUGUCGUUACCACUGAGAACCUUUAUACCUGUGAAUAAAACAUGCCAACAACUUAAUGCUGUUGUUCUCUGUGUUUGUGCUGAAAUGGCAUGAUUUACAAAGAUACCAAGAACAAGAAUCUGAUAGUAUUGGACUUGGAGAUCACCCAAUAUGCUGACCUAAUGUGUGGAUUGAAAGGGUAAGGGGAUGCAGCAUCCUUGAUGUGGAUUACAUUUGAAACAUUUAGCUUUCAGCUGUCUCUGCCUGUUCCCCCCACCUUGAACUCAGCUUGGCUCUCUU